GUAUCCGUAAACCCUCUGAAUCGUCCGUCUCCCCCGCUCCCCUGCUCUGCUCCGCUCCUCUUCUUCGUGCGCGGUUCAGCUCCUUCGGUGUGAUAGCUGAUCCCUCCUGUCCCUUCUGAGCUCACCCCCGCUAGUUUCCGCUCUCCCUUUCUUCUCCGCUUCUGCAGGGGAGCUUUCAUCCGAUGGUUUGUUAGAUUCUGUAUUCGCUCGCACCGACAUCGCCGCCCUGCCGAGCUAGUGAGAAACCCUCUGUAGGUUCCAAGCAUCUGCGUGACUUCUGCACCGACUGUUAUCGAACGACGAGAUGCAGCCUACAAGCAAAGAACUUCUUCAACUAGAGGAGAAAGAUACUAUCUCAUCCAUAGAGUCGUCUUUGCGAAUAUGUGAUGAAAAGAGUUCAGCCUCUCAAAAAAAACAGGCUCAUCCCGACAGAAAGCCUGCGAUUGGUCAAGUUCCUAAAAGCCAAGUUCUCGGUAAAGUGCAAGAUUUUCUGGGAGUCUUAUCUGAAGCCAAUAAAAAACUGCAACUUGAAGCGAAGGAUAAUCCAGAAGAGUUUGACAUAGAAGCGCUUAACGGGAAUGAGUCUGAAGUGAUAGAAUUGGAUUUAAUGCUGGGUAUUGCUGAUCUUCACACCCCCGAGGCAGUUGCUGCUGCAGAAGCUUCAGUUUCCGGCUAUCAGCCCCCUGUUCCUCUGUUUGGCAACGACAGUGAAACAGACUCGGACAGUAGUAGUAGUGAUGAGGAUGGUGACAACGACAAUGAAAAUGAGGAAAAUGAUGGUGAGAAGAAAAAGGAUUUGCCAUCACAACCCCAGAGGUCAAAGUCGGGUGAAGAUGAUUCCGGUGAAAUCAUAAAGAAGGGCUCAAAAAAGAGGCCGAGGAUCAUUGAACUUUCAUGAGAAAAAUUUCUGCCCUCUUUGGUUGGCGGGAGAAUCUACAUUAUGGAAGGAUUUCGUAGACGUGAGUGGGACGAGGGCAGUGCGGCCAACCACCCCCCCCCCCCCCCCCCCCCCCCCCCCCCCCCUCUCCCUUUUACUGUUCUUCUUUUAUAAAGUAAUAUAUUUGAAUGUACGAAAUUCCAUCCACUUCCCAAACUAUUUUGACUUUGACGAUGGAUGUACUUCUGCAGCUCUGCUUAGCCCAUACACUGUCUUCUCUAUGAA